AUGUGUGUUGAUAUAUCAUUGAUUAAGUCAGCGCUUGAUGACAGUGGUCAAAGCCACUUAUAUAGAUAUUGGGAUGGGUUGUCUCUUGAAGAAAAGAAGCAGUAUUUGGAGGAGCUUUUGACUCUAAACCUGGACAGGAUAGAUUCUGCUUAUAAGUUAACGAAAAGUUUCCAAACAGUUGAUGAACGGCUUAUGUGUCCCGAUCCAUCUAUCUGUGGUCAUGCGGGCUCCCUCCGUACUUCACAUCCCAAAGAAUAUGAGCUAUACGUUGAUAAAGGUCUUAGGGCGAUUUCUGAAAGACAAGUCGCGGUAUUGCUCAUGGCUGGUGGUCAAGGAACUCGACUUGGUUCAUGUAAUCCUAAGGGGAUGUAUGAUAUUGGACUUCCAUCAAAGAGAACUUUAUUUCAAAUUCAGGCGGAACGAUUAUUGGGUCUAUGUCGGCAAGUUUCGGCCAAUUACGGUCAAGAAAUAUACAUUCCCUGGUAUAUAAUGACAUCUGGUCACACGCAAAACCUCACGGAAAGUUUUUUCAAGGAAAACAAUUACUUUGGCUACAGUCGUGAUCAUAUCAUUUUCUUUGAACAGUUUAACUUUCCAGCUUUGGACUUAAAAGGAAAGAUUCUCAUGAAGGACAAGGCGUCCCUUUGUUGGUCCCCAGAGGGUAAUGGAGGCCUCUAUCGAGCUCUUUCGGAUCGAGGGGUCCUACAGAACAUGAAAACACAGGGCGUUCAAUAUGUUCAUAUCUAUGGAGUUGACAACGUACUUGUCAAAAUGGCUGAUCCAGCUUUCAUUGGAUUCUGCAUCGCAAAGACCGCCGAUUGUGCAGUUAAGGUGGUUGAGAAAACUGACCCAAAUGAACCCAUGGGUGUCGUUGGUGUGGUGGACGGGAAGAUUCGGGUAGUGGAGUACUCGGAGAUUUCUCCCUCCACGGCUGCAUCGAUGCUGCCGGUGCCGCCGUGCCAGAUGGGCCAUUGUCAAAACAAGAUGGAUGGCCAUCUGAAUUCAGUGAAGCCACGCUUGCUCUACUCUUUGGGGAACAUUUGCAACCACUUCAUGACCACUGAUUUCCUGGAGCAUGUCUGUGACCCCAAACAAGAGGCCCUCUUGCCUUACCAUAUGGCUCACAAGAAGGUGCCUCAUUUUGAUGUGAGCAUGGGUUGCCUAGUCACACCAGCUCAGCCGAAUGCCCUCAAACUAGAAAAAUUCAUUUUUGAUGUGUUCCAAUUCUCAAAACGCUUCUUCAUCUGGGAGGUGGAUCGAACAACUGAAUUCUCACCCCUGAAGAACGGCCCAGAGGCGCCAAAGGACUGUCCAAGCACGUGUCGUAAAUCCAUUCUUGACAUGCAUGCAUCGUGGGCCAAGGCGGCUGGUGCCUUGCUCAGCAAUGAUACUCAGGACAUCAUAGAGAUUUCCCCACUUGUCAGCCUAAGGGGAGAGAAUUUGGAAUGCUUGAAGGCUAGGAGGAUUGGUGGAGUAAAUAUUUUGGAGUUGCGGCGGAAUGAGAGGGGUGAGGAAGUCCCCACCUUAGUAAGAGUGGGUGGGAAUGAGAAUUUCGAUCUUCAAUUCCUCAAGCAGCGAGUAGAAAACAUAUUCUACCACAGUUAUGACAAUUAUAUGAACCAUGCCUAUCCCUAUGACGAACUUCGUCCGAUUUCUUGCGACGGUCAUGACACUUGGGGCGGAUUUUCCCUCACUCUGAUUGAUUCACUCGAUACGCUCGUUGUACUAGGGAACUAUUCCGAGUUCAGACGUGCCGCAAGUCUUAUUUUAAAUAACAUUGACACUAACCAAAAUGUGAAUAUCUCGGUUUUUGAGACAAACAUACGAGGCAAAGCUGGAAUGGAUCUGGAACCUGGCUGGCCCUGUCAUGGAAGGCUGCUUGCUCUGGCUGAGCGUUUCGCGAGUAAACUGCUUCCUGCUUUCAACACACCUACUGGAAUGCCAUAUGGCACUGUUAACUUAGCUCACAAUGCGGUUCCUCCAAACGAAACUCCUAUUACCUGUGUUGCGACAGUCGGUACACUGAUUCUUGAAUUUGGUGCCCUUUCCAGAUUAACGGGUGAUCCUCGGUACGAACAGGCGGCAAUGAAGGCUCUUCGUGCUCUGUGGACAUUUAGGUCUAGUUUGGGGCUUGUGGGAAACCAUAUUAACGUACGCACUGGAGCAUGGGUCGGAAAGGAGGCGACUAUUGGUUCCGGAGUGGAUUCAUAUUUCGAAUACCUUUUUAAAGGUUCUAUCCUCUUUCGCCUUCCAGAGCUUGACGCAAUGUUUCGUGAAUAUCGUAGUGCAAUAAAGAAAUACUUGAAAUUUGGAGGCUGGCAUGUUAUGGCAACCAUGGAUGCUGGUUCUGUAAUCAAUGCUGUUUACCAAAGCUUAGAGUCGUUUUGGCCUGGUGUUUUGGCGAUGGCAGGUGAUAUCGAGGAGGCAAAGGAAUUGCUGAUUACCUACCAUUCGGUCUGGAGAAGAUAUGGGUUUUUGCCUGAGAUGUUCGACGUUUCCUCUAACAAGCCGGUGGGCAGACAAAGCGUUUAUCCUCUUCGUCCCGAGUUUAUCGAGUCAGUGUUACACCUGUAUCGAGCCACAAAAGAUCCCUACUUGCUGGAAAUGGGUGUUAAUGUUCUAACAUCCAUCGAGAGGGAUGCAAGGACACCGUGUGGAUUCGCUACGAUUCAUGACGUCCAAACACACACCAAGGAGAACAGAAUGGAAACUUUUUUCUUAUCGGAAACCGUGAAAUAUUUGUACCUUUUAUUCGAUGAAGACAACUUCCUGCAUCAUACCCCCCUAUCUCCGACCGACUCGAUCCAAUUCGGCGACGCUGAUGGCUACUGCACAGGUGGGACGGGCUAUAUUUUCAAUUCCGAGGCUCAUCCGCUUGACAGUGGUCUCAUUCAUUGUUGCUCUAUCCAGCACCUGCGAGAGUUGGAGGCGGUAAGCAGUGAGGAAUCUCUUCCUAUCGAUUUGGGCUUACAUCGAGACCUUGGCAGCCUCGUGAAUACAUUUGCCUCGUCAAAUUCGUUGACAGAUACCAUUUUAAACGAGUUGGACGUCACCUUUGAGGAGAUCUUGUCUCCAAGUGUCACGUGGACAGGAGACCAGAACACCAGCCAAGAAAUUGACGCUUGGGCAGAAAACCUGUGGAAAGAAAUGAGUGGGGCAGUUCUACUCUCAAGUACCAUUAAAGAUAAUGCGUCCACACCACCAAACUACGUCCCCCCAGAUAUGCAUCGAAAGUCCGUGGCGCCGCUAAUGAGCUGCCCGACUGUACCCUUCCAUGUACGUCUUAAUGCAAUGAGAGAUCUGGAUUACCGGAAUCUCAAUUAG